AAUUCAUCUUUAACUAACACAUACUGAACCACAUGGACUCUCCAAUAGAGCUUUUUAAUCCUGGGUGCUAUUCCUUUGCUUUCAAAGGGAUUUAAUGUGGUUCAACUGCAGGUUCCUGUGUAUUAUGCAAAAACUGAAUGUGUUGGAAACGGGGGGCUAAUUAUUCCAUUUGAGAGGUUGUAAUUACAUCCUUUAGUCUGAGAAACGCCUAGUCCAAAGUGGCUCUCUCUCCUUAGUGAAGGAUUUCCUGGGUCGACACAAGUGCGGCUCAGCGAGCCGUGCGAUAGCUUGACCCGUGCAGCCUCGGCCUGUUGCUCCGGGAGCUGUUUCUCUGUUUGUUCCAGGAAAAGUCGCAUCUACGGUUUCAAGCACCGAAACCAGCGGGGGAUAUAUAUUGCUCUCUUCGAAUAUUGUGAAAAUGAUGGCCUCUAACAGCAGCGGCCUGUUCAUGUGUGGAAUUAUGUGUUCUGUCUGCGGAAAGUAAUUUAAUUUAAACUUCAUCGUUGAUGUGAUAUUGCUGAGCAGACAGAGCCGCUCACAAUCAAAAAUAGAUCAGAAGAUUUCCCCGAGUGGCGGCGGCGCUACGCAGAAGAGACACGAGGAGGUUACAACUUCCCCGGCGGAGUUGGGCAACUGCUGUCAGGAAUGGGCCGGGCCUCUCCCCGCGAUGAAGCAACACUGACUCCAAGUGUGUAUAAAUACGAGUCCGGGCUGCACAUCGAACCAUCAGACGGAGGCAGGGCUGCAGAAAGCGCUGACAAGGUUCACUGAAGGCUCUGAAGGAAUCCACUUGUCCUGACAAUCGCAAUCCAUCACAGCAGCUGAAGGAGAAAUUGAAGAUAUUGUGGUGCUCUUCGGUGGCCUGACACCCAUGAGAAGGGAGACCUAUCGGCUCUAAUCGUCCGAGGAUUUGCCAACAAAACCAUCUGAAGCUCCACUAAAAUGAAGGCGUUCAGCAUUGCAGUUGCAGUGACACUCGUGCUCGCCUUUGUUUUCGCCCAGGAGAGCUCUGCGGUGCCGUUCAGCGGGGUGCGGGAGCUGCAGGAGGCGGCGAGCGACGACACUCCGGUUCCGGCACAUCAGGAGGCGCCGGCGGAGUGGUGGAUGAUGCCAAAUCACACCAGACAGAAGCGCCAGAGCCACCUCUCCAUGUGCCGCUGGUGCUGCAACUGCUGCCGCGGCUACAAGGGCUGCGGCGCGUGCUGCAAGUUCUGAGGACCCCCGCGCGACCUCUCUGCAUUAAUUUAUUACGCUUCCUCUGUGCCGCCGUGCGAUGACCUGUGUCUCCAAAUGCAAUUUUCCUGUUUUAUAACGUUUUUGUAUGAUUUUUAAGGAGGUGUGAAAAAAAUCCAGCAGAUAUUUUUUUGUAGUUAUUUUGUAUGUUUGUAAUAUUUGAUCUCUAGUUUUUUACAAGUUUAACUAUAUGUUUGUUUGCUUCAUAUAAUCAGUGUGUGUACUUCUUUUCUAUAUGUGUGUCGGUAAUAAACUAUUAUGAUUUGAACCAUA